AUGAUGACGCGCCUAGAGGCCGAGACUUUCAGGGGACUGGCCAAACUGCAAGUCCUGAACUUGGUCGAUAACCGGCUACACUACAUUGAUGACGCGGCAUUUGUUGGACUCGCCAGACUACGCAAGCUUUUCCUGAGUCGCAACUGCCUUUCCAACAUUCCGCGGGGGACAGAUCAGUCACCCGGACCUCUAGAGCUCACGAUGAUGCAGAAUCCUUUAACGUCACUCAUCGCAGCCGAAGAGCUGAAGCACGUCUCACGUCUGGUUUUGGCUAAAAACGGUCUCCCGUGUGACUGUAAGCUGCGCGAUAUGAAGAGAUGGAUGACUAGAAACAAGCAGUGGAGCAUCACGUGUGGCUCUUUCCCGUACAAGAGAAUCCGAUGGUUGUCCAUGGACGAUCUGAAGUGUGACUACAAGGUGUCUGUGUCCUCAGACUACGGGACGGUUACAGGUAACGUUUCGCUCACCUGUCAGACAGACUGUCAGGAAGGUCUAGAUCUGACGUUCUCUUGGAUCGCUCCAAAAGGAAAAUGCCUCUCGUCAACCCGCGAGUACUCCAGAACCUACACCGACGUGAGAGAAUCGCACUGUAAUGAAACACCCGUCACCAGACGUGAAACAAAGAAAACGUGCUACUCCGUGCUGCACAUCCCCACACUCCGUCGCGGGAUGGAAGGUCGGUACACUUGCCUGGUCACGGCGAAUCAUGCUAACGCCGCGAAUGCGUCCACUGUGCUCACUGUCGCUGGCACUGAGUUUCCAAGCGGACGCCAGAAAACAACAAACGAGACAAGCACAAGAACCUACACGUACAUGUACGCCUCUCAGUCCCAAACGACAGCUAGGGAUGCCGCGACACCGGUGGGGGGCAAGGGCACAACUCACCCUGGUCCUGGACUAUCUCCGAUGCAACUUGUCCUGUUUGGGCUGGCACCUUUCGUGGGAUGUUCUCUCAUCGUUGUCGUAAUAGCUGCUUGUGUAACCAAGUGUAAAGGAGCCCGUCAACAGAACAACACCAAUGGACACAGGAAUGCUGCGGAAAAACACAACGACGAAAGCAAUGGCCAUUUUUCUGGCACGGACUCAGUCACAGGAGUCAGCUAUGAAAACGACGACCAAUUUUCCGACUCAGGCGGCGACAACAGAGUUCAUUAUGAAAACAACGACCAGUUUUCGGACACAGAAGGUGCAAGUAAAGACGUGUACGAAAACGACGAUCAGUUUUCGGACACAGACGGCGCAAACGGAGGUCAGUAUGAAAACGAUGGCCAGUUUUCUGAUGAUGCCGUUGUGAGCAAGCAUCCGUACCGGACAGUCCCUCACAAAGAAACAGGGAAGACAUCUUCCCUUGUCAAGGCCGACGGGGCCCGACCUUGUGACAACCAGAAGAAGAGCCUGGCUAUAGCUAAGAGAAGAGCGACAAGGAGCAGACGUAGAGCCGAGAUCAAGAGUAACGUGUUACGCGUCCUCGCAGAAGUCCACGCUCAAGCACAAGCGAGCGGGCACUACGACAACUGCAAGAACGCCGCGGAACGCAGCAGCGUUGAAGUUGCGACAUCUUCGGACAAUGUGGCGUCAGACGGCGGUCAAUAUGACAACGAGAGACCAGUCCCAGAUUCAGUCACAUCGCCGGCGUCAGAAACCACCAACCGAAAUGAUGACGGGAGCGACUCAGACCAGGAAUACAUGACGCUCCCUAACCAUUCUCCGGGAGAAGAUGUUCAGCGUGAGGGCACAUCAGAAGACAGGGACGCUGCAUCCACGUCUGCAUGCGGCGAUGAUGUGUCAGAAAACGACUAUGUGACGUUUCCUGGGGACGAAAAUUCCGACGAAAAAACAAGAAAAACGGACGGACGCGAGUCAGAUUUAGACAUCACAGAGGACAGCUGUGACCACACCUAUGUGACGUUUCCCGAGGAGGAAUAUGCCGACGGGAAAACAAGAAAAACGGACGGGCGGUCAGACUUAGACACAGAUUCGUCCAACACGGAGGAGGGCUGUGAUCACACCUAUGUCACGUUUCCUGGGGAGGAAAAUGAUGAUAAUGUUGAAGAACAGCAAAGAGAGUCAGAAAAGAAGGACGGACAAGUGUCAGACUUGGACACAGCUUCAUCUAUCUCUGAGGACAGCUCUGACCACACUUAUGUGACGUUUCCUGAUGAGGAAAAUGAUGAAGAACAACAACAAAAAAGAGACGGGAAAGUCGGGCGGACAUGUGUCAGACGUAGACACAGCUUGGUACAACGCAGAAUGUAA